UCCUUUUUAUUCCCGAAUGCCCUUUGUCUCUUCGGUCGGUCGCCAUGAGCUUCGAUCUGGUGCUCAAGCCGUCGUGCGAGGGGUGCGGGUCGACCUCGGACCUCUACGGGAGCAACUGCAAGCACACCACCCUCUGCCGCUCCUGCGGCAAGACCAUGGCCGAGAACCGCGGCCGCUGCCGCAUGUGCGGCGCCUUCAUCACCAAAUUGAUCAGGGAGUAUAAUGUCCGAGCUAGCGCCAAUACAGACAAAGCUUUCUAUAUUGGUAGAUUUGUCACUGGUUUGCCUCCUUUUUCAAAGAAGAAGAAUGCCGAGAAUAAAUGGUCUCUUUACAAGGAAGGGCUUCAAGGACGGCAGCUCACUGACAGUUUGCGGGAGAAGUACAAGAACAAACCAUGGGUUUUGGAGGAUGAGACUGGUCAGCAUCAGUUUCAAGGUCAGCUUGAGGGUUCACAAUCUACAACUGCAACUUACUAUCUGUUAAUGUUGCAUGGCAAGGAGUUCAUUGCUAUUCCUGCUGGUUCUUGGUACAACUUUAGCAAAAUUGCACAGUACAAGCAAUUAACACUAGAAGAAGCUGAGGAGAAGAUGAACAAAAGGAAGCAUAAUGCAACUGGAUAUGAAAGAUGGAUGAUGAAGGCAGCAACUAAUGGAGCUGCUGCUUUUGGUGAAAUGAUAAAGAAGAGUGAGGACACGAGCAGUGGUGGGGUUGAAGCCAAUCGUGUUAAGAAAGGAAAAAGCAAUGAUGAUGGAGAUCACUCUGAUAAGGGUGAGGAAGAUGAGGAAGAAGAGGAGGCAAGGAAGACUAGGCUUGGACUUUCCAAAAAAAGUGUUGAUGAUGAUGAAGGUGGUGGAAGAGGGGAUGACGUUGAUUUGGAUGAUGAUGACAUUGAAAAAGGUGAUGACUGGGAGCAUGAAGAAAAUUUCACUGACGAUGAUGAGGCUGUGGGCAAUGAUCCAGAGGAACGGGAAGAUUUGGCUCCUGAAAUUCCUGCUCCACCAGAAAUUAAGCAGGAUGAUGAGGAUGAAAAUGAAGAAGAUGGUGGAUUGAGUAAGUCUGGAAAGGAGUUGAAGAAACUGCUUGGACGAGCUGCUGGACUAAAUGAAUCAGAUGCUGAUGAUGAUGAUGAAGAUGAUGAUGAUGAUGAGGUUGGCAUGUCACCUGUGCUUGCUCCAAAACAAAAGGAUACACCUAAAGAUGAACCUACAGAUAGCAGUCCCUCAAAACCAGUACCUCCUUCAGGAUCUGCCCGGAGCACACCAGCUGCAUCCAAAUCAUCAAAGACAAAGAGGAAAUUCGGAAGUGAGGAGGUGAAAUCUUCUAAUGGUGCCCCUGCAAAGAAGGUCAAGAUGGAUAAUGACUCAAAAUCAUCAGGUGUUAAGGAUGAGCCUCCCACUUCCUCCAAAACUAGCAUGCCUGGGAAAGCAUCCAGUUCCACAUCUGCUAGAACUGGACCAACAUCUUCUGUGGCUCCGGUUACGGAGGAGGAAAUUAGGACUGUUCUUCUUUCAGUGGCUCCGGUGACUACACAGGACCUGGUUGCUAGAUUCAAGGCUAGACUAAAAUCCCAGGAGGAUAAGUCAGCUUUUGCAGAUAUUUUAAGAAGAAUAUCAAAAAUACAGAAGACCAAUGGCCACAACUAUGUUGUGUUGAGAGAGAAAUGAAUUGAAUAUUACCUGUACGAUUUAUACUGGUGUUGAUCUUUUGAAUUGUGGUAAAGAUUUAAAUGGUUAAGAGCAGGAUCGAGCAACCUUCUUCAUGUACAACUUUCUGUUGAAUUUGUACAUUAGUACAGAUACUCCACUUUGAAUAAGUCUCUUGUAUUUUGGAUACAGAAUUGCCUGCCUUA